CUGCUCUUUCCUCAUCCAUAGACCCUUGCUGAACUUCUGCCCUCCCAAACACUCGCCAGCGGUAAAUGGUCCAACAUCGAAGCCCAACUUAUUGCGACAACAGCCAACCAACAGCAAACUCGACUCCUCGAACCUUCAUUGAUUAAGGUGCCCACGGCAAUUUUGGUACCGCCGCCAAGACGACGACAUAGACGGCCAACACAAAACGGUAACGACGUGGUUGCGACCAACAAGAAACCAAGCGUCAGGGUUCUCUCCAAUUCCGCCACACUCGCUCGAUACCAGCACAGAGGCUAUCAAGCUUGGUAGCAGACCUCGACGGCUGGCACUACAACCAUGGCCGCAAAUAAGGCAACCCGCUUGGGCGAGGAGAUCUGGAAGACUCGGAUAGACAAAGUCAACGCCGAGCUCGUCACCCUUACUUACGGAACGAUCGUUGCACAACUAUGCAAGGACUACGACAGCGAUUAUGCCGAGGUUAACAAGCAGCUGGACAAGAUGGGGUACAACAUCGGCCUCCGUCUCAUUGAGGACUAUUUGGCCAAAUCCAACACGAUGAAGAGAUGCGCAAACUUUCGCGAGACAGCAGACAUGAUUGCCAGGGUCGGCUUCAAAAUCUUCCUUAAUAUCACACCGCAAGUGACGAAUUGGACGACAGACAACAAGCAGUUCUCGCUUGUCUUUGAUGAGAAUCCUCUGGCUGACUUUGUCGAGCUGCCCGACGAUGAGCGAGCCCAGGAUGAGCUGUGGUAUUCUAAUAUAUUUUGCGGCGUGCUGCGAGGAGCAUUGGAGAUGGUGCAGAUGCAAGUGGAGGCGCAUUUCAUCAGCGACGUCCUCCGGGGCCAUGACACGACAGAAAUGAGGGUGUCAUUAGUGCGGUACAUUGAUGACGAACUCCCGCCGGAAGAUGAUUGAGCAGAAUCGCGGGUUUUUUUUUGGUUUUGUUUUUUUUGCAGCGCAGCGCUGUUCUUCGCUAUGAAAUGGAG